AUGUCUGAAAUCACGCGCAAGAAUAUGCCAUACGUCCGUCUCGGCAAGUCUGGAUUGAAGAUAUCAAAGAUCGUCCUGGGAUGCAUGUCCUAUGGCUCGAGCGAAUGGCAGGGUUGGGUGCUUGGCGAGGAGGAGUCGCUCGAGCACAUCAAGUACGCCUACGACCAUGGCAUCAACGCGUUCGACACCGCGAAUGUAUACUCCGACGGUAUCAGCGAGGAGAUACUUGGCAAGGCGAUCAAGAAAUACAACAUGAACCGCGACGAGAUCGUCGUCAUGACCAAGGUAUACUUCCCCGUCUCGCGCAAGACCGGAGCUUGGAUACCUCCCGCAGAGCUCGAUAACUCCGGCUACGUGAACCAGCACGGUCUCUCGCGCAAGCACAUUUUCGAGAGCGUCGACCACUCACUCAAACGCCUUGGACUCGACUACAUCGACUUGCUCCAGUGCCAUCGCUUUGACUAUGAUACGCCUAUCGAAGAGACGAUGCAGGCGCUACACGAUGUUGUCAAGAGCGGCAAAGUGCGGUAUAUCGGCAUGAGCAGCUGUUAUGCGUGGCAAUUCCAUGUCAUGCAGAACUACGCGAUUAACAACAACUUGACGCCCUUCGUCAGUAUGCAGAACCAUCUGAACCUCGCAUACCGCGAAGAAGAGCGCGAGAUGAUGCCUACCCUCAAGCACUUCGGCGUUGGCUGCAUCCCAUGGUCGCCUUUGGCCAGCGGCAUCCUCGCACGCCCGCUGUCAGAGAUGACCCUGCGCAAAAAGACAGAUCUCUUCCAGGGCGGCUACGCCGCACCCGCUACGGAGGCGAUCAUCAACCGCGUCGAGGAAGUCGCGAAGCGCCUUGGGCUGACUAUGGCGCAGGCUGCGCUGGCGUGGGUCAUGGCGAAGAGCGAUGCGCCGAUCGUGGGCACUACGAGCAUCAAGAACCUUGAUGGUUUGCUCGAUGCUGUCAAUGUGAAGCUCAGCGAGGAGGAUAUUAAGGCGCUUGAGGAGCCAUAUCAGCCUCGUAGCAUUUUUGGCGCCCUGUAG